GGAAGUAAGACGGUGAACUUCGAAAACUUAUGCGGAAAAUUAAAAGUUGAAAUCAAGUGUGUUUGACGGAAAUAAUAAGUGCGCUUUUGAAUAGAAAAGGACAAGUUUGUAUCUAAAAUUAUCAGUGGCAUUCAACUGAUCUGGCGUAUCGCUGAAGCUGAUUGUCAUGAUGAGUCGCCAGAAGAGAGAGCUUCCACUCCCGGGAGAUGUUGCCCCUCCACCUCGUCGCCCUUUGCCUGGUACUCCAAUGGCGGGUCCUAACCAAGGUCCAGCGCCACCCCUACCAUCAAGAGGGGGUGGUACGCCUGGCCGGAAAGCCCUUCCCACUCCUGAACCCCCAGGCAAGUUGCCUUCACGGAACCCACUUGAUCGACGAGGAGAUGCACACCCAAUCCCGUCACCUCGACAAUCCCACGCCAGUCGUCUACCGCCACCUACACCCUCUAGGGGUCCUCCUUCACAUGUACAAAAGCAAGAGUCUGUGACAUCAGAUGAUGGAGACAUCUACAACGAAGCUGAUGUUGGUGAAGUGUACCAAGAGUGUGAGCCUGAGCAAGAUGAUUAUGAUCAAUUUGAGUACCAGGAGGAUUCCGACUCGGAGCAAGAGGAGUAUUCAGAGUUUGAUGUUGGAGCUGAAGUGGAGGAGGAGCCACAGGAGACCUAUGACGAUUUUGAUAUCCAUGCCGACCAGCAGGACACCUAUGAGAUAUCUGAUGAUGUGACAGACGAAGUUUAUCAGGAGAUGGCAGAGGCUGAUCCGCUCCCUCCUCCUCCCCCUUCAAGACCCAUCCCACAACCCCCCAAAAAUGCCUCCCCUGCACCCCCUCCCCCUCCUCCACCACAGAGCAAGAGAGCCCCAUUAGAGAAGAAGCCGGCUCGACCCAAACCUCCAGCAGUACAGAAGCCAAUGGGAGGUGGCCUUGACCUCAGUGAAGUUCUAAAGAAACGUGGAAAUCUAAAAAAAGUGGAAUCAGCCGAGGAGCGACCAAUCAGCUCCAACGAUAUCAAGGAGUAUGCCACUGGGGAGGACGUUCGAUCAAAGUUUGAAAUAUUCAGGCAAAAGGAGGAGGCAGAUGAUUCCAGCUCACAUGCAGACAAUUUGUCUGUCUCUAGUAAUAUACGCGAUAGGAUGAAAAUGCUCCAAUCUAAUUUGCCUCCUCCCCCCAAGUCCCAGAGAACCCCUCCAUCUUUACCAAAAAAAACCAUUAGUAACCAAAUUCACCCACAAACACCAACUAGACCAAGCCAAAUGAAAAACAAUCAGUUUGGCCGUUCAGCAUCACCGGAUUCUCACAACUUCAAGUCGAACUUCCAAACGGGCUCACCUGAACUUCCACCUCCCCCAAAAAUGGAAGAUCUUCAGCCUCCUCCCCCACCAAAAAUAAAAGACUCCUAUACGAAAGUUGAUCCAAGUACGAAAUCCAAUGUUGAUUCUGGAAAAAAUACCCCUCUGGUUCAAAAUGGCAACCAGAAUGACUGGCCAGACGAUUAUGAUGAUGAUGACGGAGAAAUUUAUGAUGACGUGGCUGCAACACUGGCAGAUCCUCUUUGUGCCUUUCCUUGGUACCACAAUGAGUUGGAGAGAGAGGAGGGCAACAAAAAACUCAAGCAAAUUAGCAAGGAUGGCUGUUUCCUGGUGAGAAAGGCUAGCAACAAACAAAGGGCACUAACACAGCCCUACACCCUGAUGGUAUACUACUCCGGCUACAAUUACAAUCUUAAAGUACGCUUACGCUCUGACCAGAAGUUUGCCUUGGGCGAGGAAAAAGCAGAUGAAGUGACAUUUGAAUUAGUUCAAGAUCUUAUCUGCCAUCACCAGAAAAAUGAAGUGAUCUUAGUCCACAAGUCUGGAAAGCAGUACAGCACACUUUUGACAGUGUCUCCAUCUUGACAGUGAAAUUUCUUUCCUGAGAUUUCGAAAAUUUUAUCAAAAAUGAUAUACUCAAUCACAGUGUAAGGUUUUAUAGCUCUCUUGCCAAAAAAGGUUUGACCUUCAUCAUGUGACCUUGUCAGAGGACACAAUGGCAAACAGAGAAACAAAUGACCUAAUUGGUAGGUACAUAAUACCUUUAAUUAAUUACUGUCAAUCAGAUAAACUAAAGGUGAAAUAAAGUCUACAAGAUAUGGAGGUAAGCCUUUAUAUGGAUUACAUUUUUAACUCAGUACUUUGUGAUUUAUCAAAAGUUUUAAUAUAACUCUGGUCCAGAACAACUAGAAUUUGUGUUCUGUUGAAAAACUUUAUCUUAUAAAGCAGGCUCUUAAUAAAAGAGUAAUACCAAGUAAACUCUUAAUAUUUAGAUCAUCUUCAAAUAUUUUUGAACUUAAAAAUUUAUCAGCAAUAUUUUAAUUUUUAAAACUUUCGAAAAUAUGCUUAUCAUUUACAUUAUCACAUUGUCAGAUUGUAUCCCCACCACCCCAGGUGAUACAUGUAAGAAUAACUGAUUGUGUAUAUUGAAAUAUUUUCUCAGAUAUUGGAAACUAAAUUUUGGUAAAUCUGCUAAUACCACUUUGUCAUGAAUUACUUACCAAAAUUCCACAAGUAGUCAUCAUUUGAAAAUAUAUUUUGUAAGAUUAAGAUAUGAAAAUACAGUCUUUUUUGGUAGUGUCUGUCCCCAGUGAUUAAAAAAAAAAUCAGAUUUCCAAAAAAGUGUCUGUUUUCAUAAAUACAGUUACUGCAUCAAACCCAAAUCAUUUGCUGAAUACCAUGACAUGUUUGUUGUUUAUAAACAUUGUAUAAUAAGGAGUCAAUAUUUACUAUUUUCCUGGUUGGGUCCUGAAAUGUGAAGUAAAAUCAAAUUCAUGUAAGGCUAAAUAAGAUUAAUAACUUAGUUCUCAGGCCAAUUUUUUCUGAAAAGAGGGAGUAAAUUUUUUAUCAAUUUAUUGGUGAAAAAACUAAUGAGGACAUUUUAUUUUCAAUUAUUUUUCGAACCAAUCAUUAUCUAUUUUCAUAUAAAUCACUUCAAAAUGUGGGAAACAAUGAUUUAUCAUUGUUCUUUGUCUUUAUUUCACAUUGAUGAACAUGUGCUCUAAUUUCUUGGUUAAAUAUAACAGAUAUUACAGGAGAAAACAGUGUUUGUGAUACUUUUUUUCCACCCAUUUUUCUCUUGAAGAAUAUUGAGGGAGAUUUUUUUUCAUUCAACUAGGAAAAAUAAACAUACGUAUAUGAGAUGAGGGGCAUUUUUUUUACUUGAAAGCAGAUAAGGUAGGGCGAGAGAACCAAUUUUUGUUUUUGUUUGUUUGUUUGUUUUUGCCUUAGGAUAAUAAGCUACUGUAAUGCUUAAAGGGUGAAAUCCAUGAAAAUCUUGAAACCACGAACAAAUUUUCCCACAGAUAUUUCAUGUUAAGCAGUAACUCUAAGAGAGAUUUUGUUGACUAAAUCGAUAUUUUAGCACACAAUCUAAUCUUAACAGAUAAAUCUUUUAAUGAAUUGGUACACUCGUGAAAUAUUAGAAAAUUAAUGCUAAAAUAAUUUUGCAUGACAAUUUAGCACAACUACCUAUAAAUGCUUGAUGCAUCAAAGUAAGACUGCUGGCGACGGGGGUGCUAAAAUACAUAUAAUGGUAUGAUAAUACUUAAAGUUAUUACUGCAUUGAAUACAAAUUGUUUUUCUAUUUUUUAGUGGAGAUUGCUAUUUUUGUAAAUAACACUGUCAAUGUUGUUUGUGCAUGUACAUAUUAUUUUCUUGGUUUGUUCAAAUGUAUCUUUGCAGUAAGUGAUAACCAUAUUUAGCAUAAUACAUCAUAUCAUGCCGAAGAUUUUUAUUCAGCAUUUAUUUUAAAAUAUAGAAUAUAUUAUACACAUGCUAUGAUUAUGCAUUCCAGUAUAUGUAAAACCAAAUCAGAAAACUUUAUAUAAAUAUAAAAUCAGCUACAGGAAAUGCUGAACUGUAUAUAUUUUUGUAUCUAGAAAUUUACUUAACUGUAAUAUUUUGUAAAAUUAUAAGCUCAGAAUAUUAAAGCUACAUGUAGAUGAAGUGAUAAUGUUCCUAAGCAGUCUUCCACUCAGUAGCCUUGAUCAGGAAGGAAUUCCAAUGUUUUGUUAAAUGUCUUGCUUGUUUUAUAGAUAAUUCCAAAGCUUUGUAAAACAUUCCAACAUCCUCUUAGACCAUGGUUCACACAGAUAUGAAAAUUCCUUGAAUUUCAGCACCAAGAAAAGAAUUGGAAUUCAGUGUCAUGCCUUCAAAGUCUUGAAAUAUGGCAUAAAUGACUUGAAAAGUCCUUCAAUUCAAGUCUUUUGUGUUGAAAUAAACUACAAUAAGAUAAACCUACAUUUUUCUGAAAUUUUCAGAGUGUUUGUUCUUGUCUUUGUUAGGUUGUCAUGAGCAACCAAUUUAGUGUUUAUAAUUGUACUAUUACAACAUUUUAAAUGUGAAGGCCACAAAACUAUAAGACUGUAUAUUGUGUAAAUAAGUAACUGUCAAAAUCACCAAAUGCUGAUCAGUACCCCUUAAUAGUCUUGAAAAAUUCCUUGAAUUUAAUGAGAGAAUGUCUCAGAAAAGUUCAUGAAUUUAUUUAAUGGAAAGUCCUGGAAAAGUUCUUGAAUUCAUUCGAUGGAAAGUCCUGGAAAAGUUCUUGAAUUUAUUGGAAAGUCCUGGAAAAGAUCUUGACUUUAUUCUGUGGAAAGUCCUGGAAAAGUUCUUGAAUUUAUUUAAUGGAAAAUCCUGGAAAAGUUCUUGAAUUCAUUCGAUGGAAAGUCCUGGAAAAGUUCUUGAAUUUAUUUAAUGGAAAGUCCUGGAAAAGUUCUUGACUUUAUUCUGUGGAAAGUCCUGGAAAAGUUCUUGAAUUUAUUUAAUGGAAAGUCCUGGAAAAGUUCUUGAAUUUAUUUAAUGGAAAGUCCUGGAAAAGUUCUUGACUUUAUUCUGUGGAAAGUCCUGGAAAAGUUCUUGAUUUUAUUCUGUGGAAAGUCCUGGAAAAGUUCUUGAAUUUAUUUAAUGGAAAGUCCUGGAAAAGUUCUUGAAUUUAUUUAAUGGAAAGUCCUGGAAAAGUUCUUGACUUUAUUCUGUGGAAAGUCCUGGAAAAGUUCUUGACUUUAUUCUGUGGAAAGUCCUGGAAAAGUUCUUGACUUUAUUCUGUGGAAAGUCCUGGAAAAGUUUUUGAAUUUAUUUAAUGGAAAGUCCUGGAAAAGUUCUUGACUUUAUUCUGUGGAAAGUCCUGGAAAAGUUCUUGAAUUUAUUUAAUGGAAAGUCCUGGAAAAGUUCUUGAAUUUAUUUAAUGGAAAGUCCUGGAAAAGUUCUUGACUUUAUUCUGUGGAAAGUCCUGGAAAAGUUCUUGACUUUAUUCUGUGGAAAGUCCUUGAAAAGUUCUUGAAUUUAUUUAAUGGAAAGUCCUGGAAAAGUUCUUGAAUUUAUUUAAUGGAAAGUCCUGGAAAAGUUCUUGACUUUAUUCUGUGGAAAGUCCUGGAAAAGUUCUUGAAUUUAUUUAAUGGAAAGCCCUGGAAAAGUUCUUGAAUUUAUUUAAUGGAAAGUCCUGGAAAAGUUCUUGAAUUUAUUUAAUGGAAAGUCCUGGAAAAGUUCUUGACUUUAUUCUGUGGAAAGUCCUGGAAAAGUUCUUGACUUUGAUGACUCCAAGUUUGUAAGAACCCUGUAGAGGCAGUAAUGAAAUCAAUGCUGUUUUUGUAAUAGUUUUACAUUGUCAUCUGUUCUAUUAUAUUUGUAUUUCCAUAUAUUGUUAUCAGGAGGUGAGUGAUCGGGUGGAGAUUUGUAGAGAUGUUUGCAGACCUCUACAAAUAUCAGCUGGUUAUGUUGUUAGAGUUCGGCAAACUAACGAACCAAUUUGUUAGAAUAGUCUUUCAUUAAAGCCAUACAUUGUUAUGCUACAAAGUUUAACUACAAAGUCAUACUACAAAAUUACAUAAUACAAUGUUAUAUUUGUACAGUGUAUAUGCUAAAAAAUAUACAAAAUUACACAAUAAUGUUAUAUUUGUAUACGCUACAAAUACUAUUUUGCGCUACAAUGUGUUACAAAAUUACACUACAAAGUUUACUACAAAAUUACAAUGCAAUUUCACACUGCAAAGUUGUGCUUCCAACAAAGUUACACUAUGAAGUUAUACUCGAAAUUUACAAUACAAAUGUAAAUAUGUUUACAAUAAAGUUAUAGUUCAAGUUACAUUCAAUAUUUUAAAAUACAAUGUAUUGCAAUACUACAAUAAUACUGCAAAUUUGUUAUACAGUGUAAUACUACAGUGCUACAACUGUAACAAAGUUAUUUCAUUAUUACAAAGUUAUACUACAAAGUUAUAUACUACAAAGUUAUACUACAAAUCAAUAUACCACAAAGUUCUACUACAAAGUUCUACUACAAAGUUACAAAUCAUAUUGUCACUAACACUAUAAGUUACAAAGUUGUUUCUAUGGUAACAGUAGUAACACAUAUUACAAAUUGUUACAAAGUAUUUUUAUCAUGAUUUUACAUUUGUGAGAUCACACCACACGUUCACACCACAGAAUACUGACUUUAUUGGUGAGACGAGACCUAGCAAUAGGUGGAGGCGUGUAGGUGGUAAACCAGAAAUUAUCUAACGGCGACAGAACAAUGACUAUAGUUGGUGAGAAGAAACCUAGCAAUAGGUGGAGUCGUGUAGGUGGUAAACCAGAAAUUAUCUAACGGCGACAGAACACUAACUUUAUUGGUGAGACGAGACCUAGCAAUAGGUGGAGUCGUGUAGGUGGUAAACCAGAAAUUAUCUAACGGCGACAGAACACUAACUUUAUUGGUGAGACGAGACCUAGCAAUAGGUGGAGUCGUGUAGGUGGUAAACCAGAAAUUAUCUAACGGCGACAGAACACUGACUUUAUUGGUGAGACGUGACCUAGCAAUAGGUGGAGUCGUGUAGGUGGUAAACCAGAAAUUAUCUAACGGUGACAGAACACUGACUUUAUUGGUGAGAAGAAACCUAGCAAUAGAUAGAGUCGUGUAGGUGGUAAACCAGAAAUUAUCUAACGGCGACAGAACACUGACUUUAUUGGUGAGACGAGACCUAGCAAUAGGUGGAGUCGUGUAGGUGGUAAACCAGAAAUUAUCUAACGGUGACAGAACACUGACUUUAUUGGUGAGAAGAAACCUAGCAAUAGAUAGAGUCGUGUAGGUGGUAAACCAGAAAUUAUCUAACGGCGACAGAACAAUGACUAUAGUUGGUGAGACGAAACCUAGCAAUAGGUGGAGUCGUGUAGGUGGUAAACCAGAAAUUAUCUAACGGUGACAGAACACUGACUUUAUUGGUGAGAAGAAACCUAGCAAUAGAUAGAGUCGUGUAGGUGGUAAACCAGAAAUUAUCUAACGGCGACAGAACAAUGACUAUAGUUGGUGAGACGAAACCUAGCAAUAGGUGGAGUCGUGUAGGUGGUAAACCAGAAAUUAUCUAACGGCGACAGAACAAUGACUAUAGUUGGUGAGACGAGACCUAGCAAUAGGUGGAGUCGUGUAGGUGGUAAACCAGAAAUUAUCUAACGGCGACAGAACAAUGACUAUAGUUAGUGAGAUGAAACCUAGCAAUAGACAGUCAUGUUGGCAGUAAACCGGAAACUUAUACAACACAUCAAAAAUACUGUGUAUAUAUAGUCAGUACUUGCAUAUAUAGUCAGUACUUGCAUAUAUAGUCAGUACUUGCAUACAUUGUCUGUACAUGGCGCAUUAUCUAAAAAUCGUGCAAUCUAACAACAUACAAAAUAAAAAACCUGAUGUUAUGUAAUUAAAUGUUAUAUGAUUUGUUAUUAUUGCUCAACAUACAAUGUUACAGAUUGUUUUAUACAAUGUUGUACCUCUGUGUUUUUAAAAGAUGUACUGCACCAGUAGUUCUAUAUUGCAGUCUUCUAAUGAAUUAACAUUGUGAAGAUUAAUGUGGAAUUGAAAUUUUCCAUUAGGCUUUUUUUUUUUUUUUCAAGAUUUGACAAAAGACCUACAGUAUUACAUAUUCUUAAACAUAACAUUUUUUUAAUUUUCACAGGGUGUCAUAUGAUAUGAUGUUAUAGUUUUUCUGUAGGAGACUUAAAAAAGAGCUUUCAAACUUUAUCCAAUUAACACCUAUACAUUUUAAUAGUAAUAAUAAAUUAAAUUGCAUGAGAGCCUUUUUUCUCACUCAUCAUAAACGUGUAUGCCUUAAAUAAUUUUCAUAUACAAACUCUGAUUGUAUUGUUAUAGUAUGUAUAUGAUACCGUUCUAUUUUUAGAAACAAACUGUUAAUGACAUAACAAUUCCAUGGGAGUUCACAAUACAACAUUCAGUAAUUUGAAUGAGAAUAUAUUUCAGGGUUCUGCAAGGUCAAAUUCACUUAGGUUUUUUUUUUCAUUUUUAGCUCACUGGAACAAAAUUCAGCUCUAGGUUUUUUUUUUCAUUUUUAGCUCACUGGAACAAAAUUCAGGGGAGCUGUUGCUAUACCCCCUUAACUUAAAGUGUUCAAUGGGAAUUCAUGAUUGAAUUUAAGGAAAAGUCUUAGUGGAAUUCUGUAAAUGCUUCCUAGUGGAAAAAUUUAAUUCAAGGAAUAUUGAAUAAAAAUGGAGCCAGAUGAGCAAGUUUAUUUGUCGCUUUCCUUAAAUUCUGUAAAUGCUUCCAAUGGAAAAUUUUAUUUUAUUAUUAGGGAAUCUUCUUAUAUUCAGUUGAGGACAAUGUUGAAAGUGGGACCAGAUGAGCUUGUGUAUUUAUCAUUUACACAGCUGUCUAGGUACAUGUGAUGUAGAUGUGAUGUAGGUAUGUCUGGUCAGAUCUCAGAUAAGCUGGAGAAAAUUGGUCCUUUUGACUCCGAGAAGGAUUUAAAUGUAUUUUGGGAUUAUUUUUUUUUUUAAAUCACUGUUUUUCAAAUUAUUGUAUUCAUUUUAUGUUUAUCUAUGUCUUAAGUUUUUGAAACCAAAGGCCAAGUGUUGAUAUUGAAUUAACACAGGAAAAUAACUCUAAUUGAUCCCUCAGAUAUCUAGUGCCUAAUUAAUUAUAGUGGUUAAUUAAAGGCUAAUUAUAAUGACUAUUUAAAGCCUAAUUAUAGAGGCUAAUUAAAGUAAUGUGUUCCUGUGUUGUAUACAGUAAUGUUAUCAAUUAAUCAUUACAUUGUAUUAUUGUAUGAAUAUUUCCAAUUACGUUCUUAGAUAUAAAUUUCCUUUUGAAGAAUAUAUAUUUAAUAUACAAUGUAUAGGCAACAAUUUUCUUUUAUAUACAUUAUAUAUAUAUAUAUAUAUAUAUUCAGUUCUUACAAUAAAUGGCUUAUUCCAGUUGUACUUAAAUCAUCAGAUACAUGUUUUGAUAUCCAUUUUUGCAUAUUUUGAAGCUAGAAUAAAUUUAUCCUAAUCAAAACAUUUUUUGUGACAUAUUCCUAAAACAAUUAUGUCUUUUCGUUAUGAUUAUAACAUAACCGUUAUGUUAAAUAUAAAGAAUAUAAAGUGUUGAAGCAUAAUCAUAUCUUCUUUCAAAUUGUUUUUCAUUAUUUUUGCCAUAGUUUAAGCUUGAGUAAUUUUAGUUAAGGGUGUAUGCUAUGUUACAAAUUAUUCUCCUGAUGUUUUGUAAGAGUAUUCUCCCUUGAAUUUUAUUGAACUUUAUUUAAGGUUUUCUAAUAAUUAAGGAUUCUGCAGAUUAUCAUACAUCCUUGUGUACAAGUUAUAUGUUUCAUUAACUUCAAAUUAUUAAUCCACCUAAACAUCUAAACGAAGGAAGGAGUGUGUUAAAAGUGUAAAGAAGCACCCC